CACUGGAACCAUUUCGUUCGCGCCGAAAACAAACAAGACCGGCAGAAAUGAUGUUGUAUUGUGAAAUAUAAGUGUUUGUGUUUGUUUAAUGGAUGAAAAGCGCUACCUCAAGCGCAAGGAGAAGGCGCGCAGCGACGGCAAUCGCGAGCAGGUGGCGGUCAGCUGCAAUCAGCUUGGAGACUUCUACAACCAGCAGGGAAAGUACAAUGAGGCGGUGCAGGAGUACAAGCAGGAGGCGUCGAUCUAUGCCAGCAUGGGCAAAGAGCUGGAAACAGCCAAGGCCAAGCGAAUGGUGGGUGAGAUGUUCACGCUGCUGUGUGACUACGAUGCGGCCAAGGAUCACAUAAACGAUUACCUCAAGAUUGCCAAGCGGCUGAAGAAUCAGGUGGAGCAGCAGAGAGCGCAUGCCACGUUGGGACGCGUUCACCUGUUGCACGGCCAGAGCUUGACGGACAGCUCGGCCUCGGCAGCCAUGGAGCAGCUCAAGCUGGCGGAGAAGAGCUUCCUGCGCAGUCUCCUGCUGAUCAAAGAGCUGACGGGUCAGAUUUCCAAAUUGGAGCAGCUUGACAUGCAGGCGCGGUGCUAUCUGAACAUCGGCGUCGUCAAAGAGCACAUGGAGGCGUUCGAAGAGUCCAUCGAGUACAUCGACAAAGCGAUCAAGAUCAGCAAAACUCACGAUUUGUUCGAGCUGACCCACUUGUGCUACAUUUCGAUGAGUUUGCUCUACAACUGCAAAAAGAACGACGCAACGGCGGCGCUGCGCUUCUGCAAUAUGGCUCUGGAAAUGGCCAAGCGGCUGCCCAACAAAGUGAAGAAAAUCUGCGAGACGCUCAUCACCAAAUCUGAGAUACUGAUCAAGGCAGGGGACUUUGCCAGUGUCAAGCAGAUCCUCACGAAGGCCUACAAAAAGAACACCCCCGAUGAGAACGAUCGGGCGAGCAUUGAGCGCACGCUGCGGAUUGUGGUGAAGGUAUGCCAGAGCUUGGACGAGCUGGUCCUAACCAGUUCGGUGGACUAUGCCAAGCUGAAGAGCUUGUACGAGAAGCUGGGCGAUGGCUGCUGCCACCUGAUGAACUACGAGAAGGCGCUGGUCUACUACCAGAAGAUGUUGCAGAACGCAGAGCUAAACCAGGAGACCGGCAAGAGUCUGGUGCCCAUCUACGUGAGCCUCUAUCAAACGUACAGGGACAAUCGGCAGUACGACAAGGCUCUGGAGUAUUUGUGGAAGGAGUUUGAGGUGAAUCAGGACGUGCCGUCUGAAGCCUUUACCACCCUCUGCACCAUUGCCGAGAUUUGUGAGCAGCAGUCGCAUCCGUUUUGGACCGUGCACGACGUGUACCAAAAGGCUCUGCGGCAGGCGAGCAAGGCGGGCGCUGCUUCCGGCAAACUGGAGAAGAUUGCGCUGGUGCGGCUGAGGCGACUGCAGCUGAAGCACAAAAUGGAUGUACUCGUGGAAGUUCUAGACACGGAGGCCAAGGCCAAGGGCAUCGAUUUGGCCGAGGAAGCCAAAAAGGAGGAGGAUGAGGAAGAGGAGGAAACGGAUGCCACUUCCGGGGGCAUUGCUGUGCAGCAAAAUACGCCCGACUGGGACGACGACUUUGAUCUGGAUACGCUGACCGACUCGGAUGCCAGUGACUUGGAUGAGAGCGAAAAGCUGCGCCCGCAGCGUGCCACUCGCGGCAGUCGCACGCUGGCCAUCAAAAAGAACAACAAGGGGGAGACGCAGCUGCAUCAGGCGUGCAUCGCUGGCAACCUGGAGCUGGUCCGUCGCCUCAUAGACCAAGGCCACACCGUCAACGUGAGAGAUCACGCUGGCUGGCUGCCGCUGCACGAGGCCUGCAACCACGGGCAUCGGGAGAUUGUGGAACUGCUUCUGGACAAGGGAGCGGCCACGGCCAUCAACGACAAGGGCGGCACCAGCUGCGACGGCAUCACGCCCCUCUACGAUGCCUGCGCCAAUGGGUAUCUGGAUGUGGCGGAGCUACUGCUGGACCGAGGCGCAGAUGCCACCGUGCGUACGGACUACAACGACACCUGCAUUGUCGGACUGGACAAGUGGCGACAGUCGGCUCAGCUGGUGGAGGGGGAACAGGCGCAGUAUGCCCAGCUGCGGGAGCGACUGCUGCGCACGCUCUCCAAGGUGGGAAUUUGCAGCGAAAAGAAUGCCCGACCCCUGACCAAUGCCAAUGUGGAAAGAGACAGCCAGGGCAGCGAAAGUAUCUCGGAGGAGGAUGAAGAGGAAGGGCUGCGAGAGAGCCAGCUGCGUUCACUCAGCCACAACCGAUCAAGCAGGAAAUACAGCGGCAGUCCUGCACAGCCCAGCGCCAGCAAGGAGUACCGCAGCGUAAUGGCGCAACUGAAGCGUCCAAAUCGAAUCAGUGAUGAGACUCCCAGCAGCAGCAGCAAAAGCAACCCGAAACGAACUGCCUUCCUGGACUCCGGCGAGGUAGAUGCCGACAAUUGGCUGAUCGACGAUGUGGGGCCGGAGAGGAAACGCAAACGAUUCAAUUCGGGCAGCCUCAGCACUCGCCUGCAGGACUCGACAAGCGUGUCUCUGCAGCCAAAUUGGGAGGAAGAUCUGCUGCAGGCCACACCCGAAGCCGAUGCCAGUUCCCAGAAGCGCCAGAAGGCAAUGAAAAAGCUGACGCUCUCGCGCUCCUCCAGCAUGAACAGCAACCACAGCAGCUGCAGCAGUCGCAAGCCCAAGCAACAGACAACGCUGCUGGACAGCGGCUUCAGUCGGUUUCGCAGUGAGAGCCCCUUUGGCAGCGAGUCCUCUCUCGAUGGCGCCGCCUCGGUGAUUAGUUUGCGCACCACAGAACCCGACUCCACCACGGGCACCACAUCCAUACAGCUGCUCAUCUCUCCCUGUAAAUCGUCGCCCAUUAAGGUGCAGACCACGCCUGUGCUCGCCACCACAGUGUCGUUCAAAGUGAAGGUGCAGGAUGAACUGCUGCUGGUGCCCGUCGAGCGCAAGAAGCUGCAGGACAUCAACAUGCGCUGGCUGGCCGAGGAGGCUGGCAGGCGCUACAACAAAUUAACUGGCCUCACGCCCCUGCUGCGCCUCAAGACUGCCGACGGCUUUGCCUACGAGGAGACGGAUACUGUGAGCGUGGCCCUCGAGCAGAACAUGCUGCUGGCCACGAUUUUGGAUUGGAAAAUCUCACCGCUCUCCCAGCGCUACGAGGAGAUGUGCCACCAACUGCAGAAGACUGUGGACAACAAGGUUAAGCUCGUGCUGGAGCGUUCGCAGAACACGUUGAUGCUGGAGCUGGCUGGUCUCUGGCUGCGCGCUCAACAAACCGAGCCCGUAUUUAAGGCGCUGCUGCAUCAGGCACGUCUCACGGUGCUGGAUCUGUCGCGCAACUUUAUUGGCAACGAGGGCUGCCAGCAGUUGGGCAAGGCUUUGCCCACGCUGCUGCAGCUGAAGGCGCUGCGACUGAAGUGCAAUGGCAUUGGCUACCAGGGACUGGAGGCGCUUCUUUGUGGUCCAGGCAUGGAGAAGCUUGAGCUGCUGGAGGAGCUGCAACUGAGCCAAAACCCACUGGGAAAUACCAGUGCGCGGACGCUGCACAAGUUUUGUGCCAGUCCCGCUGGUCGUGCGCUCACUUCGCUGCAUCUGGCCCAGUGCGAGUUGACGGAGCUGCUGGACUUUGAUCUUGGUUUCAGCCAACUGAGCUGCUUCGACAUCAGCUUCAACCAGCUCAGUCAGCAGAGCGUGCGGAGGCUGGCGGAGCAGCUAAACAGCUGCCGUUUGCAACACCUAAACCUGAGCUACGUCCGCUGGCCGCUCGACGAUGCAAGUGGCUUUGCUUUGGCCGAUCGUCUGGUGUGCCUGCUCGAAGGUGGCACCUGCGAGCGAUUCGUGCGCGUAGAGUUCGCCGGCUGUGGGCUGACCGAUGCUCAUCUGUACAAGAUUACCCAGCAUCUAACCAAAGCCAAGCAGCUGCAGUGGCUGGACAUCAGCGACAAUGGCAGGCUGAGUGGCACAGCUCUGGGCUACUUGCUGGACGAUCUACCGCAACUGCGAUCGCUCCUCGCUGCUAAUUGUACGAGUCUGUUGGACGACACUCGCUUGCAUAAGCUGGAGCAGCACAAGCAGCUGCCCAGGCGCCUCGAUUUAACCAUUGAUGAAAAAGUGUUUACGCUGCCCGGUGCAUUGGAGACGCUGCAGUCCAUUUGGCAGCUGCAAUUCGGAGCAAAAGCCAAGAUGCAGACCGCAGCCAAGGGUCGACGUAAUGGUAAGCUUUACAAGGGUCUACUCAGGCUCUGUGCGGAUGAAAACGAGCUGGAAUAGUGGAUUCUACUUAUUAUGUUAUAUGAUUCUGUCUCUGUUCUCUAUCGUAUUGUGUGUGCCAGCUGUAUUUUUUAUUGUUUGACAAAUAUUAAUAAGCGAAACUAAGUACGUCUUAUCGCAGAGUAAAUAUGCCAAAUGGCUCAGCCAAAGGGACU